AGACCUAUGGGAGACUUUGGCCUGCUGGGCUCACUCCUGGACUCUGCCCAGGAGCACUCCACCGCUGUGGGUCGCGUCUGGCUCAGCGUCCUCUUUGUCCUGCGGAUACUCGUGCUCACCGCUGGAGCUGACCAGGUGUGGGGUGACGAGCAGUCUGACUUCAGCUGCAACACGCAGCAGCCGGGCUGUGAGAAUGUCUGCUACGACACGGCGUUCCCCAUCUCGCACGUGCGCUACUGGGGCCUGCAGGUCAUCGCCGUGUCCACGCCCGCACUCGCCUACCUGGGGCACGUGCUGCACGUCGUCAGGCAGGAAUCCAAGCAGCUCAGCGCCCCCCCGGCCAGCGGCAAACCCCCCGGCCCCCCCCGCGUCUCCGCGGACGGCCGCGUCCCCAUCCGCGGCGCCCUCCUCCGCUCGUACCUCCUGAGCCUCGCCUGCCGGGCCCUGGUCGAGGCCUCCUUCAUCUACGGCCAGGGCCGCCUGUUCGGCCUCUCCCUGGGCCACCUGUACCGCUGCCGCACGUGGCCCUGCCCCAACGUGGUCGACUGCUUCGUGUCGCGCGCCACCGAGAAGACCGUCUACGUCCGCCUCAUGCUCGCCGCCUCCAGCCUCGGCCUGGCCCUCAACGUAGCCGAGUUCGCCUACCUGCUGUGCCGCGCCGGGGGGAGGCGGCGGCGGCGGCGCCUGUACCAGCAAGCCGAGCCCGCGGGGGCCGCUGGGGCCGGGGGGGCCGGAGGGGCCGGAGUCUUCGGGGACGCCGGGAGGCCUCCGGGGCCGUCCCCGCGGGACUGGGGGAGCCGGGAGGCCGGGAGGCUUCGGGGAGAGCCGCCGGGCCUACCAGGUUGGGAGCCUCCCCACCCUGUAGCGGCGAUGUCUCACGGGGCGGUGAUGUCUCACGAGUCCGUGAUGUCUCCUGCCGUGAUGUCUCCUGCCAUGAUGUCUCCUGCCGUGAUGUCUCCUGCCGUGAUGUCUCCUGCCGUGAUGUCUCCUGCCAUGAUGUCUCCUGCCGUGAUGUCUCCUGCCGUGAUGUCUCCUGCCAUGAUGUCUCCUGCCGUGAUGUCUCCUGCCGUGAUGUCUCCUGCCGUGGUGAGCGAAGGAGCCUAUGGCGGCAGGCCGGGCUCCAGCCGCUCCAGGCACGGAGAUCUGCAGGUGUGA